AUGACCUCAACGAUCGACUUGGAUUCUCGCAUGAGCCACCUGCCAUUGGAAAUUCCUGAUGAUGAGGUUUCCAUGGUGAGCCAGAUUAGCGUGGAUUUUGAGAGCAAUAAUGAUAGCGCCAAUUUCCACUUGGCGUCUCGUGUAAGCCACCAGCCAUUGGAAAAUCCUGAUGAUGAGCUUUCCAUGGUGAUUCCUUAUGAUAGCGAAUCCAGCGUCUCCAUGGUGAGCCAGAAUCAAGGAAAUGACAACCGUGGCAUGACUGAUGAUGAGGCUUCCCUGGCGAACGAAUAUCAGGGAAAUGACAACCAUGGCAUGACUGAUAAUGAGGUUUCGACCAAGCGGCAAAAGAACGGUGUCAAUCUGUCUGCUACGGUAUCGCGCACAGGAACGAUCGUCAAGGAUCUUUUCGAAAAAUUGGACCAGGAAGAGCAGGAAGAGCAGAAGACCCGAGAAGAGAUGUCGAAAAAGGACCUAGAGAUCCAGAACCUGAAGACCCAAAAUGCUGAACCCACCAAGGCACUCACCGAGGCAAACAAGAAGUUGCAGAGCGGCAAGACACCACAUGGGGAACUCGUGGAGGCCAAGAAGGAACUCAAGCAAGAUGCUGUUGAGCUGCACUUCAAGAUCUAUACAGACGAUGAAAGCUCUGCAGUCAACCUCUUCUUCCCAUUGAAGACCCAGGAAGAGCAAGAGGAGGACGAAGAACUCAAAAUUGUCAACACCACCCUUCGUGACCUCAUCGUGGCUGUUUGGCCAAAGAUCAUGGCACCAUACCUUGAUUACAUCACAUCCGAAUUCCCAGCUUUGAAGAAGCUUGAUAAAAAGAACUUUCCCGUUGAGGUUACUUGGAUGUCGAUUUCACAUUCCAGCUGCAAACCAAUCCCUAAAGCGUCUUUUCCACUGCGGGGACUGAAGAAAACUUGCAUUGCCUCCUUCCAUGAGAAGUACCACACUUUUUCAAAGUUGGAAAAGGAGGCCUUGUAUUUUCCCAUCGUUCCGAAGGUCCAGCUGGAAGAAGAAAAGCUGGAAGAAUUGAAGCCAAAGCCCAAGUCUGACCAUGCAGAGUAUUUUGACUCAGAUUCCGAUUAA